AUGAUGUCUGUCGGACCAAGACCUUACUCGGCGGGAGAUGGUGUUCGACGUGCGUUUGGCCGUAAAGGGAAGACUCCACCGAGCAUCAAAAAGCUCCGCGUGUCUGACCUGGAAGAAACGGUGAAGCGCAAAGCCAACGCUUUGAAAAAUGCCAAUCGGCGACGAGAGCAAGCCCAGGAGGCCGCCACCUCAGAAACGGCCCAAGCGUGGAGGGCGGCACAGCUGGCGAGGGGCGCGCUUGAGGAGGCAGGACGAAAACGAGAUUCCUUCAGAGAACAUGCACGAGACGCCGAAGCACGGGUGAAGGGGCUCGAGCUGAAGCUAGAAGUCUCGAAGGCUCAGGCAGCAGAUGCUAAACAGGCGGCGUCGAUGGAGCUGGUGGCUCGGGCGUCGGCGCAAGAGCGUGUCUGCGCUGAGAUGAAGGCGACCGUGGCUUCGGCCGAGAAAGAACAAGGCUUGUUGAGGGCGAAGCUCGAGGAGGCACUUGAAGGAUUGUGGCAGAAGCGAGAGGCCGAGCGAGAAACGGAUAAGGUCAUUCGGGAGUUGCAGGCAUGGCGGGAGCGAGUUGCUUGUGGAGAUGUUGUGGAAAUGUCUCCGUCCGAGGUGAAACGUCUCCGAUGGUCGGAAGAGCAGGGGGAGCUCUUGCAGGAGGCCAACGCGACCAUCAGGAAUCAGCUCCUGGAGUCUGGCAGGCUCUUGGCAGAAGCAGAGCACUCGUUCGGAAUCGUGACAGCCGGCUUCGAAGACGCAGGGACUACCAUUACGGGGCUGAGCGUUGGGCUAGAAAAAAAAAAGAAGGAAUUGCAAGAGGUCGAGAUGGCGCUGCGGGCGUCAAAAUCGGAAGCAAGCAGAUUGAAGAAGCUAAGGCUAAGCGAGCAGCACAGGCGCCUACGAGGAAAGGAAAGGGUGCUCGAGUCGACCCAGAAGGGGAUGGAGGCCCUCGUGAGGGGAAGACAAAAGGAAAUUGAGGCAAGAUCAAGAGAGGCGGUCAAGCGGCGAGAUGUGGAAAAGGUGGCAGCCAACGCCGCCGAGGAGAAGGCUCUCCUGCAACGGCGAGUGGAGGAUGCGGCAGAACGCUCACGAGAGUUAUACGCGGAAAGGCACGUUCUGCUUGAGCACGUGGCUGCCGCUCGGCGAGAUGCAGCGUCGGCGCGGUCAGAAAGGACAGGACUGAUUACUUCAUCACGUCGCGUGGCCGGUAGAAGUGGUCCGGGUGUACCGAGCUCCAAACGGCGAGGAAACAAGCCGUACCGCUGGAUGGCGCUGGGAUCUGGUGCUUGCGGCUGGAGCUGGCGACGGCAUUUGGCGGCGCAGCAAUGCGCCGAGGUGAGGACAGAGCUGGCGUUGGCGCUCGGACGCCUCUCCUGCCGCGCGAUGCUUGUUUCCGAUACUCGAGCGGCCGCUCGGCGAACCUCAAUCUGCAACCGCACCCUGCUGCUGCGGCUCGUUCGUUCGGAGAUGCGAUUGUGGCGCUUGCGCGCUGCGGCAGCAGCAACGGAGCAAUCGGCGAGAGAGAAAGAGGUUUUGAGAACGGCUCUGACGGAACGAGGCAGGCCAUUUUUCCCGCCCGGUGAAGGUGACGCAAACCCCAGCACCACCUACGACAAGCAUCCAACGAAUGUCUGUAGAAGCCCGGACGCCGAGAGUGCUGCUUUCACUGUGAACUGGGGAACCGACAGCGAGAUAGAGGCCGCAGGUGACGGGGAGGAGGAACGGGAGGACGAGGAAGAGGACGACGACGACGACUAUGGCGACGGUGAAGAAAUCGAACGCAGCAUAGGUGGUCGCGGGGAACGGAGAUCGAGGAUGCAGCCCAAAGGGAAUGAAGGGACCGGGGUAGAGCGAGCGAAGCGAAAGAAACGUCCGGCUGGGGCUGGCUUCCACCUCAACCUUUCCGGUUUUGACCUCGACGACGAAACACUGCACCAGGUUGUUCGAAAGCUCUUGCGGCAGUGCACGGACCGAUCGCGAGCAUGGCCGGGUGCAGGAGCGAUGUACGAGCAGCAAGGGGGAGCUGGCGAGGACGGCCGAAACGGCCAAAACACGUUGAGCAGCAGCGCCAUUAUGCCGUUGAGGUGUCUGUUGCUGAGAGGAAACAACCUCACCGACGCGGGGGCGUUAGCCCUUGUUCCGCUGGUAGAGGCGUCUAGCAGCCUAGCAGCGAUUGACCUCCGCGGAAACAGGAUUGGAACGAAAGGGGAGCUGGCUCUCAAGAAGGCCUUGACGCGCAGUCCGUGGGUCUACCGUGUAACCAGCGAAGAAGCGAGCGGAAGCGAUGCCCGAGAGGGCUCCAUCUCCACCGGUGGGGUUGUUCUGCGCGCAAAGCGCCGGCCGAUGUCCACGGUCAGGGACAGAGCGCGGGCGCAUGCGUUUAAGAGGAUACCACCUUCGAACAAGACGAUCCCAGGGAAAGCGACUAUCAGACCGAGCCCGUGUUCUGCCGGCGAUGAUCAGCCAGGGGAGUACCACGCUGGAAACGACGACGGCGGCCGCGCGCCGGCACAUGGGUCCUCCAUCGGCUGUCGCCAAGACGAAAAUAAUGACGGUCAAGGUGCAAGCCGUCAGAACUGUGGUAGCAACCUGACACCUCCCACCGAUAUGGAAAGACUCAUCAACACGCCCAUUGCUGCGUCGCCUAUAUGUACGAUUGAUCUUCGAGGCUGCUCAAGAAGACCGCUUCCGCUUCCGUUAGCUGCUGUCGGGGAUUUUGAGCAAGGUGAGCGCCUGUCGCCUCAGAAACCAUAUCCGACUGUGGAGGGUUCACCAUCCGAACAGCAACGUCAUGGCUGCGGCGGCGUGGGUCGUGGUAGCGACCGACAUCAAGCAGGUGAUGCCGAGACUUGUGUCAACCAAAAUACCUCCUCGGUACCAAGGCGAGUCCAUGCAGCGAGCACAAGCAGAGGACAAGACGGCCAAGUGACGCGCCUGAUGAGGACUGGACUUGCAGCCAACCUCAUGGGAUCAAGCUCGCGUCGUCCCCGCUACACUGGACGGCGAAAACCCGCCUCGCGAGGUGAGGAUUGCGUCUUUGCCCCAAAGUCCGAGGCUCAGGAACUGGAAGAUCUGACGUCACUUUUGAGCAUAUCUCGAAGAAUAUUCAGCAGGGCUGAGGGGUUCGAAGAGACCCACAAUCUUCCCGAAGAGCGUCGCACCCAGGGUGCGACACGCGCUCCAAGGUCGCCAUCGUCCGAGAACGGAAAACGUCCAGACAGCAGCGGAACAGAGCCUGAUACGUCGAAAUCAGGGCUACCCGGGACGGCCCUAGUUGCGGGGCUAGGCAGAAGUCACUCGACAAACGCCCCCGAAGAGACAGAUAAGUGCGGCCAGAUGCCGUCAUCAGCAGGGAAAGGCGACACCACCGCAUCCACAAAAGCGGCACGUGCCGAACGGCCACAUGACAGUCGCGAGGCAGCCAUUGAGGGCGAAGGGUAUCCUGCGGACAGCGCAGCGCCUUCCGGCGAAGCACCGCCUGCCUCUGUCAGCGCCACCCACCCCAGGGACAUGCAAUGCGACGACCGGACCCCUGAAGUGCCCACCACGGCCAAAACCUAUCCGCACGAGGAAAACCGGGUUGUGAUCACCGGAAAUCCCUUCCCGGCGGAAGACUUCGAUGCGAUUGCUUGUCGUUCCACGGAUGACCCCCCCCACGAGCCGGCCGCCGCCUCGCCUCCUCCGCGAGCGUACCCCGCGAUCUGCGCGGACGCACGGCAGACCACCAGCACCACCACGGAGGGUGAAUCGCACUAUCUGGAAGGCGCCGAGAAAGACGCUGACGUAGACGACGCAGCUUCCGCGGGCGACGUCCAGUACUCCACCUACCAGAAUGGCGAAGACGGAUGGAUUUACGACGAGGCGACCGCGGCGUGGUACGCCGUCGACCCUCUGAGCUAUGGAACGGCCGCCGAAGGGCUUGGUGACAGUGGCGGCGGUUGGCGAUACGACGAGCAAAGGGAAGCCUGGUACCAGGACGGGCCGCAGGAAUCUUCAUGCGUCCUAGUGCCUACACCGACUCAUGUAGACACGGAGAAUACCGGAGAGAAAGAUCACGGCGCAACUGGUGAAGACCGUAGCGGCAGCAGGUGGAGGGGUUCUCGACGUAUUCCGGGGCGUUCACUGGAAGCAUUAGGUUCGGGUGUCAGGGAAAAGGAUGCCGUCAGGAGCACUGGAAUGGUUGAGAGCGACGCGAGUGGGGCCGGGGGACUCAUCGAAAAGCGGAUCGAGGCGCUCGAACUUGCUCUACAAGACAAGGGGAGACCUAACGACGCAUGGCGGGACCGCAAGAGAGCACCUCCUUGAGACAGCUUGAAUAUUCCGUUUAUGUCAGGCGAUUUUUCCGGCCCUGUACUGAGAGAUGUCUUUGUUUUGCGGCCCGAUGGAGGGACCACUACUGUACAAGAUACAACGAGGGCAUGUAUGAACCGCAGCGGUGCACGCGAGUGGAAUACGUCGGAAUAUUAAACGUGUGGCUCAACGUUGAGCGACAUGUGUUGGAGCUGGUAACCGCUGCAGGGCGAGCACUCGGAGUGAUUCAUUACGUGCCAAUAAUGGUUGCUCGAUAAUCGAUGUUGCUGCUGUGUUUGCACUUGCUUUCAGCUUGGCUCCGGGGCCCAUCUAGCGGCCCCGCGAACCAUCUCAAACGAAUGGAUGCACACAGAGACAAGAGUGAUUCCAGAAUAGAUGCAGAUUCUGUCGCAAAACGUCAGACUUUGCAGACUCCAACCGCGGAACAGCGUGUGUGGCGGCUAUUCUAUGCGUGUCGCAACAAGUUGGCGGCCGUAGACCAAACAAAUAAGCACACAGUUCGUCUCCGUG